AUGGUUGAUAAGCCAACAUCAUGGGUUUCACUCAUCACUGUUGUAAAAAAGCCAAAAAGUCUGGACGAAAUCAGACUCUGCAUAGACAUGAGAGCUCCAAAGAAAGCUAUCCAGCGAGAGAGCCAUGUCACGCCAACAACUGACGACAUCACUGCUAGCCUCAACGACGCAACAGUAUUUUCAAAACUUGAUCUAAAGAAUAGGUAUCAUCAAAUAGAGCUAGACGAUUCAUUCAGGUUCCUGACUGUAUUUUCAACGCACGAUGGUCUGUUCCAGUUUAGACGCUUUUACUUUGGGGUCAACAGUGCAGCGGAACAAUUCCAAAAUCUAAUCCAGUCUGCGCUAGCUAGUCUUUUUGGUGUGAUCAACCUAUCAGAUGACAUCCUGGUGUAUGGCAUAAACUACGUGGAACAUAACGAAAAUCUUAAGAACUGUUGUCAGAGGCUGAGGGAGAAGAACUUGACUCUGAACAAAAGAACUUGCGAAUUCAACAAAGAUACUGUUGAGUUCUUUGGGCAUGCGUUUCAUUCAGGUGGCAUCUCCCCAAGUCCAGACAAAGUUAAGGCAUUGCAAAAUGCAACACCACCAACCAAUAAAGAACAGCAACUCCACACAGAGGUAAUUGUUAAUGCCUGCCUUUGUGCAGUGUUAGCCCAACAGGAUGGUGAUAAAUCAGUCUUGGUGGCACUGGCCAGCAGAUCAUUGAUACAAGUAGAACAACGCUACUCACAAACUGAACGGGAAGCCUUGGCCGUUACAUGGGGAAUAAAACACUCCACAUGUACCUGUACAGAGGACAAUUUGAGGUUGUUACAGAUCACAAACCGCUUAUACCUCUCUUUAACAACGCCACUUCCAAACCACCACUGCGCAUAG